GCCCGUAGGCCCGCGCUUUUCAGACUCCGGCGUUUCCCUCCGAAGGGUUUCUGCUUUAGGAAGAAGGGGACUCGGUUCCUUUUAACUCGCGGUGGUGCUUUCCUGAGUGUCGAAAUGCCUGUUAAGAGAUCACUGAAAUUGGAUCAUCUGUUAGAAGCAAAUUCAUUCGAUUCUUCAAAAAUCACAAGGAAGAAAAGUAUUACAACUUAUUCUCCAACAACUGGAACUUGUCAAAUGAGCCCAUAUGCUUCUCCUGCAAACUCUAUAGAACAAGAGCACAAAAAUGAACCAUCAAAUGGAAAGAGGAAAAAAUUGAGUCACCUCAGUUUAACCAAAAGGAAGAAAUCUACAACAAAGGACAAUGAUGAAUUCAUGGUGUUGCUAGCUAAAGUUGAGAAAUCAUCAGAAGAAAUCAUGGAAAUAAUGCAAAAUUUAAGCAGUCUACAGGCUUUGGAGGGCAGUAGAGAGCUUGAAAAUCUCCUUGGUGUCUCACAUGCAUCAUGUUUCUUACAAAGAGAAAUGCAGAAAACGAAAGAACUAAUGAUAAAAGUAACAGAACAAAAACUGUUUGAAAAGAAGAGUUCAGGAUUUCCCAACAAAGGAUUGUAUCAUCUUGACAGCUAUGAAUUCCUUAAGGGCAUUUUAAACUAAGGCAUUUAAAAGAAAUGCACUUACUAUGAACACCAACUUCUGCAUCUGCCUGAUCAUAUUUAAAGGAACAGAAGAAAUGUUUGUAAUUAAUCUGCCCAGUAAAUACCAGAUCAUAGCACUAGGCAGGUGCGGGUCUAGAUAAAAUUUCUUGCAGCUAAUUUAAACUUUCUACACACACCAGUAGAUAAUCUCAAUGUAAAUAAUACAUUUCUUCUUGACCCUUUAAUGUAAGCCAACAUGUAGAAGAGGACAUUAACUUCUGUUCUCUAUCACAUACACUUCUGUAGACUUUUAGCAUUUGUGGAUAGGGGUUUUGGGUUUUUUUGUUUUUGUUUUUGUUUGUUUGUAGUUGAUCGUGGAUAGAUUUUUAAAGCAUUUAUGAAAAUGGCACUUUAAUAAAACUGUGUUUUAAAACUCAGAUUAAAUUUAAUGGCAAGUGGAAUUAGGUAUCAUUUUUCCAAUGAUUUUCCAAGCCCCAAAUGCCUAUUAGAUUCUUUUUAAACUUUUAAAUUUUUUCUAGAAGUUUAUUGCGUAGCCACUAUCUCAGGGGUGAGUUUUUAUCCUCUAAGUUAUUUCUACGCUUAUAGCAAAGAACUAUUUUCCAAGUUUUAAAAUUUUCACACCUCCUUUUAUAAAAUUGUGGAAUGUAUUUUUCAGUACAAGUUGUUCUUAAACUGAACUGCAGACUCUACUGAAUUUAAAGAAGAGAUCUUUUUAUUGGGCAUGUAAUCACCUCCAAAUUAUUUUGAAGCAUUAAUUUCAAUUUCUGUUUUUCUGUGAUGUUAUUUGUAUCAUCCUCAUACUAUCACAAAAUAAAGGGGAAGUAGGAAUCACAGGGUGUGUUACAAAUUGAUAACUUUUUUUUAAGACCUCUGUAGUUUUUGACCAUUUCUACAGGGAAAAAAAUGCUACUCCCUUGGUACUUGCCAUAAGUCUUGACAAAAUUUGUACGUUAUUGUAUCAUGUAAAUAAAAAUACUAUAUGAAGAUCUGAAACAAAA